GAAUGGCAAUUCAACUGUCUUCUCUGUAAACUCUGAAUGGCAAUUCAACUGUCUUCUCUGUAAACUCUGAAUGGCAAUUCAACUGUCUUCUCUGUAAACUCUGAAUGGCAAUUCAACUGUCUUCUCUGUAAACCCUGAAUGGCAAUUCAACUGUCUUCUCUGUAAACCCUGAAUGGCAAUUCAACUGUCUUCUCUGUAAACCCUGAAUGGCAAUUCAACUGUCUUCUCUGUAAACCCUGAAUGGCAAUUCAACUGUCUUCUCUGUAAACCCUGAAUGGCAAUUCAACUGUCUUCUCUGUAAACCCUGAAUGGCAAUUCAACUGUCUUCUCUGUAAACCCUGAAUGGCAAUUCAACUGUCUUCUCUGUAAACCCUGAAUGGCAAUUCAACUGUCUUCUCUGUAAACCCUGAAUGGCAAUUCAACUGUCUUCUCUGUAAACCCUGAAUGGCAAUUCAACUGUCUUCUCUGUAAACCCUGAAUGGCAAUUCAACUGUCUUCUCUGUAAACCCUGAAUGGCAAUUCAACUGUCUUCUCUGUAAACUCUGAAUGGCAAUUCAACUGUCUUCUCUGUAAACCCUGAAUGGCAAUUCAACUGUCUUCUCUGUAAACUCUGAAUGGCAAUUCAACUGUCUUCUCUGUAAACCCUGAAUGGCAAUUCAACUGUCUUCUCUUUAUACCCUGAAUGGCAAUUCAACUGUCUUCUCUGUAAACUCUGAAUGGCAAUUCAACUGUCUUCUCUGUAAACUCUGAAUGGCAAUUCAACUGUCUUCUCUGUAAACCCUGAAUGGCAAUUCAACUGUCUUCUCUGUAAACCCUGAAUGGCAAUUCAACUGUCUUCUCUGUAAACCCUGAAUGGCAAUUCAACUGUCUUCUCUGUAAACCCUGAAUGGCAAUUCAACUGUCUUCUCUGUAAACCCUGAAUGGCAAUUCAACUGUCUUCUCUUUAUACCCUGAAUGGCAAUUCAACUGUCUUCUCUGUAAACUCUCAAGCUGUGUGUGUUGUGUUAAGUCCUUGUCUCUGUUUUCCAGAGUGAUGUUCUGUCAGAGGGCAGAGAGGAGACUGAUGACUCUGCCUUUGACAUAGUGUCCCCUCUACCCCCAGAGGAAGCUGAGGUUCAACAGAUGUUUCCAACACCAGUUCAGAAGGCCACACCGUCCAAACUGGAGCAGAGGCCUUCGUCUUGGUCUCGUAGAAGCAUGCCUUCCCCAGAUUUGACAGAAGAAAGCUUCCGUGCAUCUAAGAAGAGGUCUUCAACCCAGAAGACCAAGAGUUCAGGAAGCAGGAGAGAUGGACCAUCAGAGGCCAGCAGUGCCUACAGAGAGGUUCUGGACAUGCAGAAGGAGAUGGUUCGGUCUUUAACAGAGCAGAACCAGGCCCUGGGGGCAGACAGGAGGGUGCUGGAGCAGAGGUGUACAGAACAGAGCCUGCAGCUGCAGAGGAGCCACCAGAGGGUCCAGAGUCUGGAGCGGGAACUCAGCAAGGCCCCUGUCCCUACAGCAGGUGAACAGGCAGAGCUGCUGAGUCUGAGGCAGCAAGCCCAGGAGGUGGUAGACGAGAACGACAGCCUGAAGAUGACCGUCCAUCGCCUCAACGUGGAGCUCAGCCGCUACCAGACACGCUUCAGACCCCUGGGCAAAGAAGAGAGCUCCAGGACCCAUGGCCUGCCACUUAAAGGAUCUGCUCCUCCCUGGCUGCUGGACAUGAAGUAUUUAUCUCCAUUGUUGUUGUCUUAUGAAGACCGGCUCACUGAGAAAGAUGCUCUCCUGCAGGCCUCGGAGGAGGAGUUGAGAAGGUUCCGGGGCCGUGUGGAGGAGGUGGUGCAGGAGAACCAGAAGCUACACCAGGACCUGAAACAGACAGGAGGAGUCAGCCACAAGGAGUGGAGGCAGCUCCAGGAGCAGGCCCGUCUGGUACUUCAGGAGAACCAGGUCCUGAUAGAGCAGCUGGAGGUGCAGCAUACGAAGGCAAAGGACAGUCAUGGGAGACAUUUGACUGAGGUCUCUAAGGUGUGUAAGCAGCUGAUGUUGCUGGAGGCAGAGAAGCAGAGGCUGGAGGGGGAGCUGGAGGUAACGAGGAGUGAGCUCCACACUCUGCAGACAGAACACCUGCAGGCACGGUGCAGUCUGGAGAAUUCAGUCAGCUGGGACGAACACCACGCCAUCGCCACCAAACUCAAACGCCAACUGGAGGCUGAUUCAGGCCGUCAGCAGACUGAGCUAGAGGAGCUGCAGCAGAGAGUGACUAGUCUACAGACAGAGAAGAACAGUCUGCUGUUGGACAAAACCAACCUGAAUGCUGACAUCAAGAGUCUGGAGGCUGACCUGGAGGUGUCUCGACAUGCUAACAGGAAGGCCCAGAGGCGUAUAGGCCUGUUGAAGCAACAAGUUGAUGACUCUAUAGAGAAGGAGAUGAGAGCCCAUCACUACCUGUCCUCUAUCGUAGCUCUGGCUGAGAAGACCACACAGGAGAGAGACCAGCUAGUAUACAUGGCCUCGUCCCUAGAGCACGACAAGCAGGGGGUGAUCAGCAGGAUUGUGGAGGACACCGUGCGGCUCGGAAAGCUUCAAGAGAAGGUCAAGGUGUACAAGAAGCAGGCAGCCUGCAGCCUGGGGGUUCUGGGCCAGAGGCUGGUGGAGCAGGAGGAGGACUUUGCAGGGAGGGCAGCCUCCUACCAGACAGAAAUACAGCACCUCCAGAGGCUUCUACGAAACAAACAGCACGACCUGGACGGAGUGCUGCAGCAGAAAAGAGAGGUGGAAGGUGAGUUGGAGGUGGUGUGGGAGGCAGCGACCAGAGAGAACCAAAGAAUUAGGGAGACCCUCCAGGACUCCAGCCCAUCUCUCCCCUCCCUCAGCCCAGCCAGAGUGCACCAUGGCAGGGGUCUGAGCGAUGGACCCUCCCCCAGCUGGCUCUCCCACCACCAGGAUGAGGUGUUCUACCCCCGUCCGCACCCUGACAGCUCUGGCCCUCCUCCCUGCAUCUCCUCCCCCCAGAGCGGCGGCCGGCCCGGCCUCCACCACAGCCCUAUGUUCGAGUCUGACUCGGACCAGCACCAGAACCCCUCCUCAGAUGAGAGCGAGAAGAACGGCAUGGACUUCUAUUCUUAGUGUCCUUUUUUGUAUUGGUCUUACAGAAGACAAGUAGCCUGGUCCCAGAUCUGUUUUAAUAGCCUGUUUUAGUAGCCUGGUCCCAGAUCUGUUUUAGUAGCCUGGUCCCGAUCUGUUUUAGUAGCCUGUUUUAGUAGCCUGGUCCCUGAUCUGUUUUAGUAGCCUGGUCCCAGAUCUGUUUUAGUAGCCUGGUCCCAGAUCUGUUUUAGUAGCCUGGUCCCAGAUCUGUUUUAGUAGCCUGGUCCCAGAUCUGUUUUAGUAGCCUGGUCCCAGA